CAAAAAAAGGGAUUGAGGAGGGGCUGGGCUGGGGUAGUGGGUAAGGGAAGGGGGUGUGUGCAGAGCUAGAGGACUCCUCUCUGUCUUUAACAAGGGGGGAGGAUCAGAGGCAGUGGUGAAGAAUGAUGCUAAUAGCAGACUUGCUUAACGUCGCAGACACAGAGCAGUGCGACUUGACCAGGAUGGCAGCGCGUCGCGUGUAAGCGGGGGAUGGCGUUGGGAGGACCAGCCAUCGCCCUGCAGGGCUCGGCGAGGGCUGGGGACAUGGACAACUACAGGAAAGUGCGCAAGACGGAGGAGCAGAGCCCUCUGCCCUUCGAGAACUUACCCCCGGACAUCGUGGAGAUGAAGGUGAAGGAGGGCAGCAAGAUCAGGAACCUGAUGGGCUUCGCCAUGGGCAGGAUGGAGACGGAGGACACCAGGCAGAUCGUGUUCAGCGGCUCGGGCAGAGCCGUGACCAAGACCAUCACCUGCGUGGAGAUCAUGAAGAGGAGAGUCUCGGGGCUCCACCAGAUCACCAAACUGCGCUACAAGAGCGUGCAGGAGGUGUGGGAGCGGAGGGAGCCCGAGCCGAGCGCACACAACCUGACUCUGCUCAAGAACGUGCCGUCCAUCUGCAUCCUCCUGUCCAAGGACCCCCCGGACAUCACCGCCGCCGGGUACCAGUCCCCAGAGACCAGGGACGGGCUGUGGACAGGGACCGAGGGGUCGGCAAUAAUGAGAGGAUUCGUUGGGUUGCAGCAGAUGUUACACCAGCACCAGAUGAUAGCCCUGCUGGAGAUGUGUGAGCGCACGCCUUGUGAGGACAGGUUCGGGCUUGAUUGUCAGAGCCAAAUAGUCUUCAGACCCUCACUGUGA